CGCACAAACACUCUACAGCAGAAUGCGUGCGGAUAUCUACAUGGAUGUUUUAUUGUCAGGAGCAGGGCUGUGCGGUGCUGCAGUAUGGUUUCCAGUACAUGGUACAAGCAGAUAUUAAAUAGUUUCAUGAUUGCAUUGCACGCGGCGUUGGUCGUAAUCUACAGAUCGUGUGUGUGAGGUUAGCUGUCGGCUGCAUGUAAGGUGACUGCACCCUGGCUCAGGUAAAUGAAAUACAGGUACCAGCAGAACGCUGUCCAGUAUACGCAGCGUUUAGGCAGUAAAUAUACAGGAUAACGGAUCGUCAAGAGAGGGCGUUGAGAGAGAAGCCGUAUUACGAACACUCCUCCGUCAACGUGGCAUUUUGUGGAUAGCUGUUCGUAACUUUUUAGAUGCCUCAGACUCUGGGCCAGAGAGAUCGCAACAUUAUAGAAGCCCCAGAGAGAUAGUUCUGCGCGCCUUCCUACGGGUUGGCUGUCUUGAGUCCAAGCUUGACUGGUCUUUGUCCGCUGUGGUGGUGCACGAUGCAAGCUGUUGGGCUUUGCCCCAGCACCGCCGAGAAUGCAUGUAUGUACAGUUGAAGACGAGUGAUUGUCAGCGACUGCACUCUGUUGAUUAUUUGAUUAUUUGCAAUUUUGCCAACAACAUCAAACCCCCCAAGCAAUAGCUACAUCGCACGCCAUGAACCCCUCAAUGAUGGCCACGCGCAACGCGCUUCCUCUCAGCAACCCAGCAACACUCAUGUACAUCCGCGAGAAGACGGCCACCACCGACGCAAGGACGACCACAAGAACCACCGACAUCGCCCUCUCGAAACCUCGUAAUUCAACACGGACAAGACUUUCGCUCAAGAUGAAAGAGCUGUUCUCCAGCAACAAGACGGAGCGGCGGGAACAGGACCUGGCCGAUCAGCCAGCGAGGAAGAGCGCCUUCUACCGGCAGUUUAUUGAGGCAAGAGCAUUCGUCAGUACUGGACUUCGUCGAUAGGUAGAUAGACUAGUAAGCAGCGUUAGAGUUAGCAGAGAAUUCGGGUCGCACGAAGAAGAAUUCAAACGAGCCUUAUUACCAAACAAACUGUCACUCCAGUUUCUAAACCACUCAAUGGCCACCUGCAUCUCAAAUGUCCUCGACUUACCCGCUGACAUCAGUUUCCUAGCUAGCAACAAGCGUCGAGAGUGCCGAUACAUACAGGUACAAUUUUGCUGUAG